UUGGAACAAUGUGUACCGGAAAAACUAGCGAGUUUUGCAGCAAUGCAGAAGGUUCGAUUAGAGCGUCCAGCCAGAGAACUAAUGCUUCUUUGCAUCCUCUUUGGAAAAUUAGAACUUGCUGCCUUAUUUUGGGGCUAUGAGAAGGAACCAAUAGGCGGUGCCAUGUUUUGUUCCUUACUGCUGGGCAAACUUGCGGCAGUUUGUACGGAUAUAUCUCAAAAGUUGGAGUUUGAACGCUACGCUAGGAUCUUUGAGAGUAAGGCAGAGGAAGUUUUGGAGGCGUGCUACGCGGAAGAUAAUCAGCGGGCAAAGAUGCUGCUUUAUCGCAAAUUGCAAGAAUACGGUCAUAGCGCAGUGAUUCGGUUGGCAGCUCGAGGUGGUUGUAUUCACUUCAUGUCGCACCCCUGUUGUCAAGAUUUCCUCUCCGAAGUGUGGAUGGGAAAACUCUCUUCAAAGACUACCAAUUUACAGCUCAUAUUUGGAUCUAUCUUCGGUCUUGUUUUCCCAUUAAUUUUACCUCAAGUGUUGUCAUAUGCUCGUGACGAUGCACAAAGAAAUCGAUUGGGUAUUGAUGAUUCCGAUUCCAGUGACGUCGAUGACGACGAAGCCGGAAAAGAAAAUGCCGCAUUUUCUGGUAGCCUAAAUUAUACAACGGAGAGGAGAAGAAAACACAAACCUUCUCCAAGUCUUCUGAAAUCGCCAGGACACUGUAGCAUGGUUCUCCGGAAUCUGAAAAUAUCCUUUACUAUACCCGAGAUACUAACAUCUUUAAUGGUAGUAGCCCUAUUUCUUGAAGAACUAAAACAGGUAACCCUGACAUUGCCGUCAAUAGCUUUUAAACUAAAGGCUUUUGGUCCAGGAGCAAGUCUGAAAGAGUACUUGAGUGAUGGAUGGAACAAAGUGGAUUGCGCAGCAAUAGGUCUUUAUAUUGGAGGCUUCAUUCUCCGCACGCUUUCCUACGUCCAAGUUCGCAAUGUUGACCUUGUGGAAGCUAGAAGAAAGCUCAUUGCAGAAAAUGCAACUUGCACAUAUGUUGCAUCGGCUACUCUAAGGAAUGCUAGCUACUCCGUAUCAAUGACUUCCACACAAGCAACACACUUGGGUAUACCAAUACAAGUGUUCGCAAUACCAGAAUGGACAUUGAGAUGCGUUGAGGAGCUUGAUAUCGACCAUCCGUAUUUUCUUUUGCAUGAGGAAAGGUUUACUCUUGCCAGGGUUAUGUUCGCCCUCAGCCUAUUUGCCUUCUUCGUUCGCCUCAUGUACAUUUUUGGCUUCAGCAUUGUACUUGGCCCAAAGCUCAUCAUGAUAAAUCGUAUGGUGGUCAAUGAUUUGCUGCCUUUUCUUCUGCUUCUUGUUGUCAUUCAAGCCGGUUACGGUGUGUCGUCUUUUGUUGUUUCAUAUCCAAAUGGUUAUUAUACUAAUUACCUUCAAAACACUUUGCCUCGAAAUACGACAUUGAAGUACAUGAAAGCUGGGAAGAUUGUUUAUGAAUUCUUCAUGACGGCCUACUUUCAAAUGCUGGGAAAUUUUGGUUUGGACAUUCUUGCUGGAGAAGACAACGGUUGCCGGGAUAACAACCUGUGUCCACAGUUUUCGUCUAGGAGGUUGUCUAUCAUCACGUUGAGCUUCUUUAUUUUGCUCACCCAACUCUUAAUGCUGAAUCUUCUCGUUGCCACUUUCACAUCAACUUAUUUUGAAAUUGAAGGGUCCUCAACAUACUUUUGGAGUUAUCAACGCUACGAAAUGAUUCAAGAAUGUGUAGAUCGGCCUUCAGUUGCUCCACCGUUUACUUUACUUUGGUAUGGUGGAGAGGUGAUUCAUGCAGCUUUUCAACGUCUUCUGGGACUCUGUCCCGAACUAGAUGAUUUUGAACCGGAGCUUGCUGAUGAUCCCUUCUGCCGAAACUUUAGGGGAAACCCUGCGCUCAAGUCCAAACUGAUGAAAUGGGAGUUUAUGAAGGCACAGAAUGUGUUACGAUCCCAAAUGGACUCAGAUUUACCAGUGUCUAGACGCAAUGAGGCGGCUCGAUCCACAAUUAUCACAAUGCGAGGUCUUAAGGGACCCGUUGGAGGUGCAGGAGGAGGAGGUGGUGUGGGAGAAAAACGAGGCAGCGUGCUGCUUGGGGUUGAAGAUCUUCCAAAUUCCCUCUUUGGACCCGACUCCGACCUCAUUGAAGGCAAAUUUACAAAUCUUGGUACCCAGGUUGAGAAGGUAUCCAAUUUUGAAGAUCGUCUUAAAAGAAUUGUUACCAUGAUGAAGCGUAUAACAGUGGAAUUGAAGAAGGUUCAUAAGAGUGUAAAUCAGACAGCAACGUUUCUUGCUAGUGAGGAGGGUGGACGUCUGGUAGGAGCUCCAAAAAGUGCCAUCACACCAAGACCAGGAUCUACUCCAAGAACUGGAUCUACACCUCGGUCAAUAUCGACAUCGAAAAAUGAACCAACAGGAAGCCAUAUCAUAAGCAAUGCCAUUACGAAAGCCGUCAUGAAUCUCUCUAGUCACUGUCUUGAUAUAGAAGAACAAAUCGAGGAAAAAUUGCGCAUUGAAAGUCUCUGCAUAAAGGCAAUACUCACAAAUCCAGACGCAUCAGACAUACCUCAAGAUAGUGUCAUGAAACCACCGACUUCUCAACCUGGUCCACCCUCUCGAAGGCCCGAAGCCAAGCCACCUAGUGCAAGUAUCUAUGAGCGUCUCAUUUACAGCCAUCGACUCUGGCGUCUUCUGCCAUUCAAUUUUGAACGUCGACCUGGUAUGCGCGUCAAUAUUCCAAAUGAGAUGAUUGACUGGAAGGUAUCCUAUCCCGGAUAUAAGCCCUUCAUAGCAAACACCGAAAAGAUUGCCUAUCCAUUUCCAGAGGUAGAAGAUGGUCCUCAAAUCGAUCCGACCAAAUUACAGUACAAUGCUUAUGAUGAACUUCAAGGUGUAUCACGCAGCUGCUUAAGAGGGCGAGUUCACAUUUCAAGAGACCCUACUGGACCCCUUGGAUAUCCGUUAAAUCCUAGGGGCCGCUCAGGCCUAUUCGGGAAAGGUAUGCUCCCACACUGGGGACCCAAUCAUGCCAUUGUUCUAGCUUUCACUCGUGCUGGAACUUCACCAAAUGAUUUUCAGAUUGCUGUUCUGGACAGAAAUCAAUCCUCUUGCCUUCCAUGGUUCUUUGUUGACCACCGCGAAUCUUGUGAUCAUCGAAGUUGUUCGGCCAAAGUUAUGCGCGAUUUCGUACAACGUCGAGUAGUCAGCGUUUUUGGUGCUAUCAACUCUGAAAAUGAAACCAUAAAAAAUGCUCUGUUAGAAUCAAUAAAUAAGAUGGAAAUAUCUUUGAUCAGUGACGACUUUCUGGAUGAUCAUUUGAAUGCAGAUCAUGCUUGGAUAGAAGCCGUGUGUGUCAACUUUCAUAGUAGUGGCGAGAGUGCUUUUCAUGAUGCGGCUGUAAAGCUAUUUAUGGAGAAUCCGCCAAUAGAAUCAGUGCGUUGGUUUGAUUUCAAAGGGUCGAUCAAUCUUCGAUCAAGCCAUGAAUCACUUCUUAUUGCAGUCCUACAACAUCAUGGAAAGGUGUAA